UUAAUUUUUUAAGGUGAAGGUAAAUUUUUUAAUUUUUUAAGGUGAGGGGACGCGCGCAAAUUUGCCCUGACACACCCAGUGAGAAAGCUGUGAAGCCCCCCAUUAUUGACCCGAAAAAGAGGAUCAUAUUCGAAAGGAGCUCCAACCAAUCGAUUCGGGUCAUCUCCUCUUGCUCGAAAAUCCUUCUUCAAAAUUCCCAGAAAGAAAUCCUAUCUUUUUUAUCUCUUCUCUCUCUGCAGAUCUGAAAACGCAUGAUUGCAUUUUUCUGCAUCACCUUGCGGUGAUGAUAUAGCUAUUUCGAGAUUUUGCGUCGUCAUUUGGUUUUUUCCAUCGAUUAUCUAUGUCUACGGGAGUGGAGAGGCAUGCCAAUUUCCCGGCACAAGCUGCUGCGACUGCUGCUGCAACAAUGGCGUCUGGGGCGGACGAUUCGAAGGCCCGACCCGGAAGAUACAGCCCGGUGAAGAAUCUCGGCCCGGUGUCGAUGGACCACGUGUUGGCCGCCCUGCGGGAGACGAAGGAGGAGAGGGACUCGAGAAUCCGAAGUUUGUUCAUCUUCUUUGAUUCCAACAACGCUGGGCACUUGGAUUCCGCCUUGAUCGAGAAGGGGCUGUCGGCAAUGCAAAUCCCUGCGGAUUACAGGUUCGCCAAGGAGCUUUUGAAGGUGUGCGACGCGAAUCAGGAUGGGCGGGUCGAUUAUCAGGAGUUUAGAAAGUAUAUGGAUGACAAGGAACUGGAAUUGUACAGGAUUUUCCAGGCAAUCGAUGUGGAGCACAAUGGGUCCAUUUCGCCUGAGGAAUUGUGGGAUGCUCUUGUUAAGGCUGGGAUCGAAAUUGACGACAGCGAGCUCGCCAGCUUCGUCGAGCACGUCGACAAGGACAACAACGGCAUCAUCACUUUCGAAGAAUGGAGGGACUUUCUCCUUCUCUACCCUCACGAGGCCACCUUGGAAAACAUCUACCAUUACUGGGAACGCGUGUACCUAGUCGACAUAGGCGAGCAGGCCGUAACAAUCCCCGAGAACAUCACCAGUCCCGUCCACGCCACAAAGUACCUACUCGCCGGAGGAGUCGCCGGAGCCGCCUCCCGGACGGCCACCGCUCCUCUCGACCGCCUGAAAGUAAUUCUUCAGGUCCAGACCACCCGCGCGUCAAUCGGGCCCGCGGUUCGUCACAUAUGGAAAGAAGGUGGGCUUUUGGGCUUUUUUCGGGGAAAUGGGCUGAACGCGCUUAAAGUAGCCCCCGAGAGCGCAAUCAAGUUCUACACUUACGAGAUGUUGAAAGGUUUGAUUGGAGAUAGUGAGGGUGGGGAUGUGGGGACUGUGGGGAGGCUCGUCUCUGGUGGGUUGGCUGGGGCUGUGGCUCAGACCUCGAUUUAUCCUAUGGAUCUAUUGAAGACCCGAUUGCAGACGUAUGUGUGUGAGAGUGGGAGUGUGCCGAGCUUGAGGAAACUGUCGAGGGAUAUAUGGGUUCGAGAGGGGCCUCGGGCGUUUUACAGGGGGCUUGUACCGUCGCUUAUUGGGAUUGUACCUUACGCGGGCAUUGAUUUGACUGCAUACGAGACGUUGAAGGAUGUCUCGAGAAAAUAUAUUCUUCAUGAUAGGGAACCCGGUCCUGUCGUGCAGUUGAGUUGUGGGACGAUUUCGGGAUCUCUUGGCGCGACAUGUGUGUACCCACUGCAGGUGGUAAGAACGAGAAUGCAAGCUCAACGUAAUGGUGCAGGCACUUCCUACAAUAGCAUGUCGGAUGUAUUCUGGAGAACAUAUAAUCACGAAGGUCUCCAGGGUUUCUACAAAGGGCUCUUCCCGAAUCUUCUCAAGGUUGUACCUGCAGCAAGCAUUACAUAUCUGGUUUAUGAGGCCAUGAAAAAGAGUCUGGAUCUUGACUAGCAGUGACGAUGAUGAUGAAAAUGAUGGUGAUAUCAUACAAUAGUUUCAAGGCCAGGAUUCUACAGUUCAUUGUCCUGUGAACAGCUUGUGAUUUUGCUGAGCAUCUAUUGAUCAUUGUGUACCCUCUCCCACAACAUUUACUGCAAUGUUGAUAUAUAUAUAAUGUCUAAGAUUAACAAUAUUACUUGAGCCAUGAUACAUUAGUAGCAAGAAAAUUGAUGACAUUGUUUCUGCAAUGGUUGGUAUGAGGUACGAGAACACUCGUGUUCCAAUUCCUUUUCUUCUUUCUAUUUUGAGAACCCUAAU